CGGUGCUUACCAACACUAAUGUCAAACUAGCGCGAAUUUUCACGCAUCGGAAUCUAGAACUUUUUCUAUUGAAAAUCUGUGAAUAAAAGAAAUUAAUUAUGCCGAAAAUAAAGAAGAAGCAACAUUCCUCAUCGUCCGGCAGUGACAGCGGCCCCGAUGACCGCAACCAGCCGGCAAGCAAGAAAGCGAAGGAAUCUGUAGCUCCAGCGGCCCCGGCCAAGAAGCCUGCCUCUGGUGGUGGCGGCGAUGGUGAGGCCACCACCUGGACGCUGGAGAGAAUGCGUCAGGUACGCAUCAACGAGUUCCGUGGCCGCAAAAUGGUCGACAUCCGUGAGUUCUAUGAAAAGAACGGUGAAACGCUGCCGGGAAAAAAAGGGAUCUGCCUGUCGAUACUGCAGUGGAAGAAACUGCUUGAACACGCCGACGAAAUCACAAAAGCAGUCGAAAACUAAUCUCCUCGUACGUGCGUACCCGCCAAAAUGUUAGCUGAGUCAUAGCAGAUAGAGUUUUGUUUAACUAACGUUAAA